AGGGCGGAGGCCUUGGACGUGGCGGGGGCCGGGCCUGGGGCGCUCCGCUUGGCCUCCGGGAGGCUUGCCUUCCGCGCCGCGGCCGAGCCCCCGACAGGUCCCCGGCCCUCCCAGGUAAACGGGCGCCGGCCUGAGCGACGCCGGGCUGCAUCCGGGCCCCGGCGGGGGUACCCGCGAGGCUGGGCGAGCCGGCGCCUCACCUGCGCGGCGGGGACGCGCGCUCGCGGUGGCGUAAUUUCCCAGCUGGUCUGCGUCUCCUUUCCGCCGCCUCAGUUUGGGGCGGGUCCGGAGAAUGGCUUCGGAAAUGGAGUCGUCGCUGGAGGCGAGCUUCAUGUCCAGCGGAGCGCUGUCGGGGUCUUCAGUGUUUCUGCCGCCUGCCCGCUCCCGCAUCUUCAAGAUAAUCGUGAUCGGCGACUCCAAUGUCGGCAAAACGUGCCUGACCUACCGCUUUUGCGCCGGUCGCUUCCCCGACCGCACCGAGGCUACUAUCGGGGUCGAUUUCCGAGAACGAGCAGUGGAGAUUGAUGGGGAGCGCAUCAAGAUCCAGCUCUGGGACACAGCAGGACAAGAGCGGUUCAGAAAGAGCAUGGUACAGCACUACUACAGAAAUGUACACGCUGUGGUCUUCGUGUAUGACAUGACCAACAUGGCUAGUUUUCAUAGUUUGCCAUCUUGGAUAGAAGAAUGCAAACAACACUUGCUAGCCAAUGACAUACCCCGGAUUCUGGUUGGAAAUAAAUGUGACUUAAGAAGUGCCAUCCAGGUACCUACAGACUUGGCACAAAAAUUUGCUGACACACACAGUAUGCCUUUGUUUGAAACCUCUGCUAAAAACCCCAAUGAUAAUGACCACGUGGAAGCCAUAUUUAUGACCCUGGCUCAUAAGCUGAAGAGCCACAAACCAUUAAUGCUUACUCAACCUCCCGAUAACGGAGUUACCCUGAAGCCUGAACCAAAGCCUGCAGUCACGUGCUGGUGCUAAAUGACAGUUUUCAUUACACCGUUCAAUUCUGAUUAGAGGAAAUACAUUUGAAGUAUGACAGUGAUUGUCGUUAAGAUUUAAUCUCAUGUGAUGGGUCAUCCUGACGCUUCACUGUUUAUGGUCUUCAUGCUCACUUCUGUCUCUAUAUAAUCAAGUUUGUCGCUGUGGCAACACAAGAAAAAAUUUGGUUGUCAGGUGAGGUUGAAAAUGAAGCACAGGUAGGACGAUCAGAACAUCUUCCCAUUAGAGGCAGGGAAGGAAGCUUCACGAGAGAGCGUGAUGGAGUUUUGAGAGUCCAUGACUGUCCAGUCCUGUGUUCUGUGACUAAAAAACCACUAAGGUUGAGUACACACCUAAUGGUAUGUCCUUUGAAAGGGAGGUUUCUCAAUAGGAUAAAAACUUGUAUUGGCCUCUCCCUAUAGUUCUUUCUUUGUAUUAAUAGAUUUCAUUGCAUUGUUACUGGUACAUUUUAGAGCCAAGGCUUUAGUUCUAGUGGGAGGAGAAAGCAUAGAAUGGUUUUUCUGAGUCUCAGCCCAUAAAGAAUGACUUUCCCAACAGUUCUCUGGACGCUUGAUAUUUCUAAUAUCAAUGAGUCCUACAGAAAUUACUGUUAUUUUUAAGAGUGAUUUGAAUUGUUUCCUUACUAAAUUCUAUUAAAAUAUGCAAAAAUAAGUCAAAUUUUAGUGCAAAUGAAGUGACAUAAUACAGUGCUUUAUAUUUUAUUACGGUAUCUUUAAACAAGUGAAAAAUGAAUGGGAAGCCUAGGAGGAAUUGUAAGUCGGGGGAAACAGGUAAACAUGGUUCCUGGCCUUCACAGGAGACUCUUUCUUGGCUUUAGUCAUUUUAAGAUGCAUAUCUGGCAUAGUAUCUCUUACUCUCCCCCACCCCCAGUCAACUUAAUGACUAAGGCCAAACCAGCAGAUCAUGUUCCACUGGGAUUGCAGCUCUGAAGAUACACUUCUAAUUGCUGUGAGUGUACAUUUAUUUCUGUAAUAGUAUUGUGUGACAUCAAUUUUUAAAAUCUUUAAAUGUUAUGGCCACAAUAUGCUAUUCCUCCUCAGUGUGAAAAACAAGUUAGAUAUUAAAAAGAUCUUGUCUGUCCCUCAGUGGUGGAAGGACUAUUUCAGAUUUUUUACCCCUAGACAUUUUUACUUUGAAUUUAAGACUUUGCACAUAGAAAAUAGUAAGAUUGCAUAUGAAACUGUUACAUGAAUGGAACGUAAGCCAUGAACUUUAACUGAAGUGUGCACAUUGAUUAAUUCUGAUAGGUUGCUGUCCUUGAUCAUUUUAGAGGAGAUUAAGCCAAAAGUUGAUUGUACUUAUAAUAUUUCCAGAAUGUGGGAAACAAAUAUGUAUCUAAUUUAGUUUAGGAUUUUUGUUGUAUCAUCAUGGUGGUCUUAACUGGAUAAUUUAAUUAUAAAAAUGAGAUAAUUCUAUUACAUGAACUAACAAAAUAAUUAUAGAAAAUAUUUGUUCAGUUUUAAGUAUUAGAGCUUAAGGAAAAACAAAUUGGCUUUAUUUGUGUUCAGAGAGAUUAAUUCAUUUUUCUUAUGAUAGAAUUAAAAAUUAUUUGACUAAAUUAAUAUUGAUUUGUAACUAUUUUUAUAGUAAAAGUGAAAACUGUAAUAAUUGUGUUGGGCAUAAUAGUUUUUUAAAGAAGGGAAUCUGUUUAUUGCUUUCAAAAACAUUUUCUAGAAUGAGGGAAGAAAGUUUACAGGCUUUCCAAGCACAUUUCUGUUUUUCAGUGCUGUUAUUAAUGAAUUUUUAAAAGAGGAAUUUCUUUUUGUAAGAACCUAGUAGUAACUAUUCUUUACAGUUCUGUGAAAGGACUUUUUUUUUCACUUUAAUAUUUAUUAAUUUAAAAAUAUUUGCAUCUCAUUUGUAAUGAUUUAUUGUUUUAAUUUUUUCUAUGUAUUAUUUUUAAAAAGAACAUACUUAUUAGUUGAAUGGGGGAUAAAGCUUUUAGAUAUUUUCUAAAAUAUUUAUAAAAUACUUAGGUUGACUAUUGAGAAAUCACCUCCAAAAUGGUGGCUAUCAAACAACCUUUAAUUUUUAAAGCACAAAUCACACAUUUAGUAACUCCUGUGUGAAUUUAUUUUAGCUGUGACAUUCAACUGAAAACAUCAGAUAUGUUUUGGGAGAAGUCUUCAUUUGAGAACACCAGAGGAAGCUAAGCCAGAAUCUAAUGCAGUUAGCUAUUAAUGACAAUGCUUUAUUGACAGUAUACUGCUGUUUCCUCAUGAAAUCUCAACUAAAUAAUUUUGUUGUGGAAUAACAUCACUGUAACAUUGCCCUCAUGAAGUUCAAUAAACCAGCUUUGCCAUAAAGAA